CUUCUCUGGGGUUAGGGUUACACUGCUCAACGUCGACGACCACGACGACGGUCUCUUCUUUUCUCUUCUGCCAUGUCGACCGCUGCCUUGCCGCCUCUGGGACCACUUUUCAAUCUGAAUGGAAAAAGAACGCGCAGUGUAUUCGCCUCAUGUCCUGAGGCAGGCUUCAAAGACGAAGAGAAAAGCACACGACUACGGCUAGCGUUAAAGAUAAACGUCGAGUAUCGUGAUUUCAAGGAACUACCGACCGCUCUUCUCUCCCAGCAGGGCCAUGUGGGACCGUCACGUCCAAAGGAACAACGGAAAUUAAUAACUGCAGGAGCCUCGGCAGAUGCAGAGACGUCACGUAUGAUUGCCAAAAUCGACAACACACCUGUCUCGAAGCCGUCAACAUUCACAUCCUCGAGUAGACUCUCACAAGCUCUCACCCUACACAAAACAACACGGACAGUCAAGCCAACGUAUCACCCUCCAUGGAAGCUUGUUCGUGUCAUUUCAGGGCAUCUGGGAUGGGUACGAAGCGUUGCAGUCGAGCCAGGCAACAAAUGGUUUGCUACAGGUGCUGGUGAUCGUGUGAUAAAAAUCUGGGAUCUUGCGUCGGGAGAGUUGAAGCUAUCGCUAACGGGGCACAUAUCCACCGUGAGAGGUUUGGCCGUAUCGUCACGGCAUCCAUACCUCUUCUCGUGUGGUGAGGAUAAAAUGGUAAAAUGCUGGGACUUGGAAGCCAACAAGGUCAUCCGGCAUUACCACGGACAUUUGUCUGGUGUAUAUUCCCUAUCCCUCCAUCCAACUCUCGAUGUGUUAGUCACUGCCGGUCGUGACGCGUCUGCCCGUGUCUGGGACAUGCGGACAAAGGCCCAGAUCCAUGUUCUCUCUGGUCACACCGGUACGGUUGCAGAUGUGAAGUGUCAAGAAUCUGACCCACAAGUCAUCACCGGAAGCAUGGAUUCCACAGUCAGAUUAUGGGACCUCGCGGCCGGGAAAACUAUAGUGACACUCACGCAUCACAAAAAGUCUAUUCGGUCUUUAGCUAUACAUCCCACGGAAUAUUCCUUUGCAUCUGGAUCGGCUGGUGGUAACAACAUCAAGAAAUGGAAGUGUCCGGAGGGGACAUUCGUGUUCAACUUCAGUGGACAUAACGCAAUCAUCAACACGCUGUCGGUCAACGCCGAGGGUGUCUUCUUCUCUGGAGGUGACAAUGGCACUCUUACAUUCUGGGACUAUAAUACGGGCACUCCCUUCCAGAACAUGGACGACGUUCCUCAGCCUGGGUCCCUUGAAGCAGAAGCAGGUGUUUUCUGUUCGACCUUCGAUAUGACUGGGACACGGUUGAUCACCGGUGGUGCUGAUAAAACAAUCAAGGUUUACGCUGAGCAGUCCCAAUGACCUUUAUCAUUAUAGUGCACCUGUAUUUUUUUUGUAAUCUAUGUCUUUACUGGAGUACAUAUUGACGUUCCUAGAAGUCUUUUGUCAAUUGAACAUCAGACCUUAAGCAUAUACGAACUUAUGCUACGGGAUCCCUAAA